AGCUUGUGCAGUUUAUUGCAUUUCCACAGUUUUUGACUGGACAGUUCAACACUUUGAAUUAACUUGCUCAAAUUAUUGUUUAUGAUGUUGGUAGUUUGUAAAUGCAAAAGUAAAUCUGGUCAGUUCCUGACGAUAUCUGCUCGGAAAUGAAUGGUGAUUUGGGAACUGGCACCUGUGGAUUCAAUAGCUUAUGUAGUAAAGAUGCUAAUCAGAGGCUUGACUGUGAAUGCUGGGUUUUCCUUGUCUCGAUCAACUAACAAGUUUAGUGGCUGCAAGCAAGACAGAAUGCUGAACUGUGAUGAAGGCAGUUGAAAGCCAGAGGACUUGUAUGAACAGAACUGCAAUGUAUCUGGCCUCUAUGAUUGCAACCGUUUAGUUGCUGUCAUCAAAGACGAAUCAGUUGGAAGAAGAAGCUACCUCUCUCGAAGGAAGGCAGGACUACAAGUUCAAAUUGCUUGGAUAUUGUGACGAAAACAGACACAACCUCUUGGUGUAUGAGUUUAUGAGCAAUGGCACAUUAGCUAGCUUUCUCUUUGGAAUUUCAAGACCUGACUGGAACAAAAGAGUCAAAAUUGCACUUGGAAUGGCAAGAGGGUUUACGUACUUGCACGAAAAAUUCAGCGCACAGAUCAUCCAUUGCGAUAUCAAGCCUCAAAACAUACUCCUAAAUGAAUCAUUCACAGCAAGGAUAUCAGCUUUCGGUUUGGCAAAGCUCCUGAUGAGUGAUCAAACUCGAACUCAAACUGUCAUUAGAGGGAGUAGGGGAUAUGUUGCACCUGAAUGGUUCAGAAACAAACCAAUUACAGCAAAAGUAUACGUCUAUAGUUACGGAGUCACAUUGUUGGUGAUCAUAUGCUGCAGAAAGAGUCUUGCAAUGGAAAUGGAGAAUGAAGAGGCCGUAACCCUACUGGACAAGUGCCCUCACUUAUCGUCCCGAGGUACUUUUGGGAUGUCAAAAGUAUGGCCAUACUGUUAUAAGCUUAUGUUUGGUUUCAUAUAUAUGUAUGUAUAGGCGCCUAUAGAAACAGGCACACUGCGAAACCAUGCAAAAUCUAUGUGCUGAUUUUCCUCUUUGACUAUGUCUUUUAUUUUUUAAUUUCUCUGUAUCUCUAUGUUUCAAGUUUCAACACGUAAAAUUGUUGAAUGUUUCUCUCUGACUAUUUCUCUCUGUAUCUCUAUGUUAUAUUUACAAUUAUCUUGUUCCAUGUAAAGUCUCCAUGACAUGCAAAAUGACUGUUUUUCUUUUACAAUUAUAAUUUUGGAUGCUGACCGUGUUGUUCUG